AUGUCUAAUCUCAGUGAAUUCCAGUCAAAAUAUCCCUCUCCAAUGUCUGUUUAUGAUGGACAGAGUCUGAGUUCGCUUCCUACAAAUUUCAACGUCGACGGGAAGUCGCUAGAUAAUGGGAUAUACGAUCAAACACCGCACUCAGAAGCUUAUAGACGACACCCAACUCCAAUCCGUACUGCAGAACAAGGCAAUGCGUUUGAUUUUCAUAGUAGGCUCUCCAAUCCUGAUCGCAUAUGGAGACUGACGCUAUUACCAAACACGAAUGUCGAGAAGUCUACUAUCUUCCGAAUAGUGAGACUGAGAAGAAAUACGCAAAAGAACUACACGAACGAAUACGCCGUGAGUUCCCUGAGGUGGAUACUUGACUAUAGAAAGUGGCCCAUCUGA